AUGAAAGGGAUAAAUUCACAAACCCUCUGUGAGAAAAGGCAAAUUUUACCACAAUCCCACUUCAAAGUUUCAGCAUCCCUAAGUCAGGCCAAGAUGAAAGAAGAUAUGCUAAAAAGAAGGUGAUUAAGCUAAAGAAGAUCAUUAAAAAGGUACUAUCUCCUUUUAACUUCCUCUAAUCCCUCUUUCUCCCUUCUGUGCCUCCCAGUGUCCUCUUGACCCCUCAUAACGCCUAAAUUCUUAACUUCUUAACCCUAUUUCCCACUCAAAAUCCCACAAACGAUGACUGAUCGUUCCUCCAAAACUAUAUGCAGGCUCUAGAUUUCUAAAGGAGCUUUCAUAGCUGAAGGAAAGAGAGUCUGGGGAGGAAGAACAAUAGGGAACUUUUAGAGUGAUAAGUGGAGAUAAAAGGAGAAACAGGAGGAAGGAGGGAUUAAGAGAAUAGAGGUGGGAGUGAGUUGGAGGGAUUGUAAGGGGGCAGGGAUCGUGGUUGAUAUGUAGUGGGGUGUUUUGGAAGAAAGUGUAGGGGCAUUGGGAAGUGUGGAUUAGGAGAGGUAGUUUAGGAGAGAUGUUAGUAACUCAAAAAAUGGGCAAACCUUAUAAUAUAAAUCUUUCACUCUCCUAUCUACAUAUUUUCCUACCUUAAGAGCCCCCAAAACUCCAAAAUACCCCUAAAAAUACUAAAAACAACAUCCCCCAAAACCCCCUCAUCCCAACCCCCACAAUCCCCUUAACCCUACUCUCUAGCCUUCCAUUCCAACCCCCAUUCACCAAUCCUUCACAAAAUCCUUCAAAAUCUGCAUCUUUCCUCCAAAAAAUACCUCAUAAACUCCAGAACCAAAGUCAAA